AUGGAUGGUGAGGUGAGGGCAGCAUUGUUUCAAAUGUCCCUAGCCAUCACCACCCAAGAUCAAGCCAUCACAGCUCAAGCUAACGGGGAGGUUGUUCCUUGGGAGAACCAACAUGCUAGUACCGUGGCUAGUCAUUUGAGAGACUUCACAAGGAUAAAUCCACUCAUGUACUUUGGAAUAAAAGUUGAUGAAGACCCCCAAGAUUUCCUUGAUGAGGUCUACAAGAUCUUGUUUGCUACAGGGGUGAGUACUACUGAGAAAGCAGGACUUGCUACCUAUCAACUCAAGGACAUGGCUCAGACAUGGUAUAACCAGUGGAUGAAUAAUCGGGCCUUAGAAGAUGGUCAUGUGACUUGGGAGAUCUUCAAAAAGGCCUUUCUUGACAGAUUCUUUCCAAGGGAACAAAGAGAAGAUAAGAUUGAGGAAAGUCGUCUAAGGAAGAGGAAUAGGAAAGCUAAGAGGGCAAAGUCGUUUAAAAGUGGUUCUUCUGAGAGUAGGCUUGAUGUCCAAGACAAGCCUAAGACUAAGAGUUGGUAUGGUUUUGGAAAGGGUGGCCAUAUGGUGAAAGAUUACCCUAAUGUAAGAAUCCAAGGCAAGGAUAAUGGUCAAGCUCAACCAAGUGGUCCUAGUUCUGAAGCUCCAAAAAUGAAUUAUUUUUAUGCACUCAAGGAUAGGGGUGAACAAGAAAGCUCUCCUGACAUUGUGAGGGGUGCUACUCUUUGCUUUGUUAAACCUAUAAUAGCUAGGAAGUUUGAUGUACUUCGUGAUGUUUUAAUUGAACCCUUUUCAGUUUGUACCCCAAUGGGUGACUCUAGUACUGUUGAAGGAGAAGUUAGUGUCAUUGUUGAGAAGAAAGCAAAGAGAGAGGCAGAAAUGGCGGGUUUGUUGGCAUGGGCAGCAGAUGUAGUAGGAGGUUCACACAGCAAUGAUGAAGAUGAUAACAACCCCAAUUCAAUCCCUUUAGUCUUUACUCCACAACAACAAUCGUACCUUCUUGAUUUGGAUCGAAAGGCUCCUUCUCUUACUCGAACCAUUCAAGAUCUACGGCUUAGACUCCCUCCUCCUGACAUCUCUGAACGUCUUCCUCAUCUUCACGCUCACUCCCUCGCCUCUAAUAACGCUCUUGCUCUCCAACUUAAUGCUCACUCUGCCACCAAAGAACAUAGUACAAUAUUUGGUCUAACUUGGUGGCAGGCACAAUUAAGAGAAAUUACUCUGCAAGAAGAAAAUGUUUAGUACGAGAAGACUAUCUCAGAUUAUGAGAAUAGGAUUCAGGAGAAGUCACAGGAAGCUGACCUUCUACGCACCAAGUUGCAGGAAAUGGACUUAAUGGAAGAAAACAUAAAGUCAGAGUUAGAACGAGCACAAGCUGCAGCCCCCAGUGAGUCUGUGAAAUAUUUGAUUAAAAAUAAUGGUGAGGAUCAAGAAGAUAAGGAAUUUGCACAUUCUGCGCUGCUGGGAAAAACAGAGGAGAAGAAGAAGGAACAGAUAACUCUGGAAGGAGCUGUUCAAAACCUGGAGGAAAAAUGGGCAGAAGUGCAAGAUUAUGCACUCAAGCAACCUUCCCCAGCCUAGCGAGAGAAACUAUAGGAUAAGCAGCUUCAUACAGUAGAUCAACUUGCUGCAAAACAGGCCCAAGCAGAGAACCUUGUUCAUGAAGGUCAUCUAAAGGAGAUGAAAUUAGAGAAAUUAAAUGGUCUUUGGAGGACGCUCGAAGCAAGCAAUGCAGAUAUGAAUGUGACUCGGAAUAGGUAUCCAAGAAGCAACAUUGAUAGGGGAUGUGUUUCUUCAGAUUAUAUCGUUGAUCCUCGUCAAAAGCCUUGCAGACUGGAGAAUUUCCACAAGCUUAUGUUGCUCAGGUCGGCUUUCGUUGUGUAUAUUUUAGCACUCCAUAUUUGUGCAGAGUAGUGUUCCCUUGGUAAAUUUUCUUAAUCUAUUCAGUGUAAAAAUCCCUACAUACAUCCCAAAAUACAAUGAUGUAGAUUUUUACUUGACGGUUAAAACAUGUAUAUGGUGUAAUUCCAGAGUAGAAAUGUUCGAACAUACA